UUUCGUAUCCUUCUGUGAUUUGAAAAUUAUAACAUAACGGUCAAAGUCAAGAACCGUUUCUGUUCAAUUUUAUGGUGUUUAAAAUCGUAAUUUAUCAUAAUUGUUGAUGAAGGAGUAAGAAAAUGGAAAAAGAACAAUGUCAAUUUAAUAGCUUUUCGGGACCGCUAACUCUUACCGAAAUAAAAAAGGCACUAUCUAUAAAAAAAUCGCCCCAGUCUAUUCAAAGAAGAGCCUCCAUCAGUGACCUAAACCCAUCACGAAAUAUCUUCUUUGAAUAUCCUGAAUUAUACUUGUGGUCAAAAAUGAAUUUGUCGAACGGUGAUGAUGAUGUGGAUCUAGAUUCGUCGGUUCAAGUUAUACAUGAUCCACCUAUUGUAGUAUCUCCGAAUAUCUCCUCAUCCUCAAAGUAUAUACAGCAAAUAUCAGAAAUUUUACAAGUGAGCGAUAGCGAAAAAGAUACAACUUGUGACAAUAAAAGCGGAAUACUGCGAUUGUGUAGUGAUAGUGUCAUAAUCAUCUCGGAUGAUGAGGAAUCGUAUGAACAGCUAACUACCAGUCUCAACUCGACUCAAAGUUCACUGUUCGAACUUAAAGAUAGCGGCUUCACCAACUUAGGCUCGACAAGUACAGAAGACGUGAAGUUUAAUGAUACAAUAGAAGAAAUGGAGAAGUUCCUAAAAGAAGCAGCAACAUAUUCAAAUGAAACCAUGUCACCUAUUCAUCCUUCCACACCAUUGACGAAAAUCAACACUUCCAAUGAUAAAAGUGACUCUUUUAAAAAACCAUUGUCCAAGAUACCAAUAGUGACCAAAAAGAAUUUGGUCAAAAAAUCCCCAUGUGUUACAAAAACUCCACACUAUAAAGAUAUUGUUAGUCCAGUCGCCAUUUACAUCAAGAAUUCACCACACGUUCCUCUGAUACAAAACGUUCCCACAAAGCAGUUAUCUCAAAAAAAUUUGUUCCCAAGUCAGAAGUUGCCAAACAACGAUAAUGACUGGGAAAAUCUUCUCCCAUCAGUGAUCUAUGCACCUCCACGUAAAAUUCAGUCGACUAGUGAACCUUCCUUAAAAUUACCCAUAAACAUUCACUGCCACCUUCCUACUACUCCGCGUAUAAUUAAACAUAAGGGACGAUUGGCUGGAACUAAUCGCUUGGAUGUUGAAGAAAAACUAGUCGAUGAUGGUGAUUUAUCGUUAAGUGUGCUAAGUGAGUUGGACAAUACUGUCCCGUUACAAGAAAUUUCAGUGCAUACCUGUAAAGAGCUCUUAAUGAUGCCAUCGAAACACUAACCUCUUGUCCGACUGAUUUAAUCUAAUUUUAGGUUGCUAUAAUUUUAUCUCCCUAUUUAAAUUAUAAUUUUGUGUAAAAUUUGUAUGCGGUUUAAUUUUUGCACCAGUGAUAAAUUAUGUAAGAAGUAAAUAAA